AUGGUCACAACCAACACCAUCAGAGAGGGCGGCGAGACAACAAAGAACAUGACUCCGGGUUGGGAUGUCCAAAAGCCCAGGAGCAGCAGCCAGACGUCACCUUCCCUGAAGUUGUCUAAUGGCUACGUUCUUCCUGAGGGCAAACUGACGCCCAACGCCCUCUUUGUUGGUGGGAUUGACAUGAAGGUGGAUGAAAAUGAAAUGCGGGACUUCUUUGCAAGAUAUGGCGCUGUUAAGGAAGUAAAAAUUAUCACAUACCGUGGAGGGAUCUGCAAAGGGUAUGGGUUUGUGUACUUCAAUGAAGAUGUCAACAUUCAGUCAAUCGUUGAGCAACAGAUCAGUUUUAAGGGUCGGAAACUCAAGCUGGGCCCUGCCAUCAUGAAAGAAAGAAGCUCCCGGUCCAUGCCGUCCCGUCUGAUUGGCCCGGCUCCCUGGAUGAGCCCCACUCAGUACUUCUACUGCGGCUGCUGCGCACCCAUGGGAGUGGGUAUGGCUCAGCCUUCGCCCAUCCUCAAUGGAGGAAACCCCUACAAUCAGCCAUACUCUUACUCCAACUUUGGAGGGGUCAUGAUCCCACAGAUGCCAAUGAACUACGCUCAGAAUGCCUACGCCUACCAGACCUUUGUUGACUGCGGAGUGCAGACUAUGAUGACUGUGCUGUAG